AUGAAUGUCUUAGGUGAUUCUUUGUAUGAUGUCUAUUCAUCAUUCAAGACGGCUAAGGAGUUGUGGGAAUCCCUCGAUAAGAAGUACGAAUCUAAGGUUGCAAAAGAGGGAGACAUCCCUGCUACGGCUAAGGAGUUGUGGGAAUCCCUCGAUAAGAAGUACGAAUCUAAGGUUGCAAGUGCCAAGAAGUUCAUCAUUGGCAGGUUCCUGAACUUUAAGAUGAACGACACCAACUCUGUUGUGAAGCAAGUGGAGGAACUCCAGAUCAUUGUUCAUGAGUUAGAUGAUGAAGGUAUGGGCCUGAACGAGACUUUUCUUGUUGGUUCAAUCAUUGAAAAAUUACCCCCUUCUUGGAAAGAUUUCAAAAUAUAUCUUAAGCACCUAACUGAAGAUAUGAACCUUGAUGAGCUUAUUCUCAAACUUCAUGUGGAAGAGGAUCACUGCAAGAAUGAGAAAUAUGAUAUGACUUUUAUGGAAGCAAAAACCAAUGUAGUUGAAGGCAGCACCUCCAAGUCUAAGUUCCCUCACAAUCAAAAGAAGAAGGGGAAGGUUGCUGCCAAAAGAGCAUUCACUGCCUUAAAGGCUAAUACUUUCAAGAAGAAAAUUCAAGGUGGCUGCUUGGUGUGUGGGAAGCCUGGUCAUAGAGCCAAGGACUGA